AUGUCAGACUACGGCGCAGGUGAUCAUGAGGAACAUGAUGAUGCUGGUUUCGACUAUGAGCCUCCCGAGUACGAGUACAUUGAUAAUGAACCUGAAGACUAUGUAGAACCAGAGCAGACGGAGCAUGGUGAAAACGGAUAUGCGAUAGUGAAUGGUGACGGCCAGCCUGUGCAGAAUGGCGAGGGGGACGUUGUUUCGGGAGAUCCGAAUGCAGGCGCAUCGAAGGGAAAGGUCAUGCUGCAGCAACGGGAGAAAAAGGUCCCAAACGACCAGCGGACGACCACCCCCUACAUGACCAAAUACGAACGCGCACGAGUUUUUCAUACGAUAUCUUUAUCAGCGUGGCGGAUUGUCUCCAGCGUGCUAACGCGGGUGGACAGCAUGAACGCGCCGAUCCUUGUUGACUUGGAGGGAGAGACGGAUCCUCUUCAAAUCGCUCUAAAGGAGCUUGCUCAGAAAAAGAUCCCCUUGAUUGUUAGGAGGUAUCUCCCUGAUGGAUGGUAUGAGGAUUGGACCUGCGAAGAGUUGCUUUAA